UUCGUGUUCCGAAUUCAGGCAGAGAGAAUAAUAAUAACAUUGUUUUGAAAUGGAGCAAGGGGCCGAGACCUAUUUGAGAAACAAAAAACUACUGAUAAGAAAGUGAGAGCCUCGGCCCAACUGUACUUAGGACUUGGAUGCUGCGUGAUAACUGCUGGCCAGAUUGCUAUCACAAUGUUUUCAUUCACGGGCCACUGGCAUCGAGCUCGAGUUAUGAAUGACGUCGUCGAUUAGUAUUGUGCCGAUCUUACUACAAGUUGGUAAUAAGUUGAACAUCUAAUCAGCAGCAACAUGGAGCGUGAGGAUGCUAUCAACCAGCUCAGGAAUCUGGUAUCAGGUGAACCAGAAUUGAAUGUUGGAAAGGAUGAUGAUCGCAUCCUGCUACGUUACCUCGCUUAUACCAAGUUCGAUGUUGAGAAUGCAUUCGAAAAGAUGAAGAUGAUCUACAGGAACAAGCACACCUAUGCUGAAUGGUAUGCGACAGAAAGGACCGAGAAUCAGGACUUUGUUUUAAGCCGGCACAUUCAUACAAUGAUUGAGCCUCGAGAUAGUCAAGGUCGAAGAAUCUACAUUGUUCAGCUGGGAAACAUAGUUGUCAGUGAUCACCAGGCGCAUGAGAUGUCACAAGUGGAUGAUAUCUGGUUAGAGGCAGUUAUGGACGAGCCUGAGACACAGAAGAAUGGAGUAGUGUUCAUAGUUGAUAUGAAGGGAUUAUCGUGGAAGUUUAUGAAGUAUUUUACACCGACAAACCUCAAAGUCGGCUCAAUGAAAGCUGAAACGAUUCCUCUACAUAGCAUACAGUUCCAUGUAAUAAAUACAGGAAUGCUUCUCAAUGGGAUGGUAUCAUUGGUAUUUCCUCUUUUGUCAACUGCAACCAAAGAAAGUAUAUUUUUCCAUAAAUCUAGCCUUGAGUCAUUACACAAACAUAUUUGUCCAGAGUCUCUACCCAAAGAGUAUGGAGGAACGCAGCCACCUUUGGACUAUGAUAAGAAUAUUGAAAUAUUCUUGAAAAAGAAUAACACGAGGCUUCUUGAGCUGCUCAAAUAUGGAUACUCUACAGAAAAAAAGUAAUUCGAGGAGUGAUACAAUCCACCUUGAUUCAAUACAUUAAUAUUUAAUUUAUUUGUAAAUAUUUUUACUUUGUAAUUGUAUAACGUGUAAAAAGUGUAUGUUCUAAUACUUAUUUUUUAUUAUUAUUGUCGAUAUUUUUUAUUUCAUUUUUCAUAAACGGUAAUUAUUUCUG